ACUUUUUCCCACUCACAUCUGCAACUCUACAACCUCGACAUUUUGGUCAAUCCAAGCGAGAGAUUAAUGAAAUCCCAAUUUCUUCAAUUUGGAGGUUGCCCUGAUGAGGGCUCCUGGUUUCUUUCCAGGUACUUUUCUCUUGCUUCUUGAAUUUCUUUCACAAUUAGGUGAGCUAUAAGCCUGGACUGCUUUAACACAAUCUCCUUUUCAACUGUUUGUAAUGGUUCAUGACUUAUUUGAGAAAGGAAUUGAAGAAAAGGGUUUUUAAGCGAGGAGAACAACUAUUGGUGGUUUGUGCCAGUGGCAACUUUACGAGUGUAAAGAUCAAUGCAGCAAUUCGGUCAGGGGAUCGACGAGCAGCAAGGGGCAAUUGAGGUUUGUGCGGCAGCCGAGCCUCCUCCUGUGCUGACCAUUGUGAUCUCGAAGUCGGAGGAAACGAAUGCGAAGGGCGACGGGUCGAAGGGAACUUCUCCGGAAAGGCAGGAUAAGGCCAGUGUGAUCGCCUCAGUCAAGAAGGGGUUUUUGUGCAGGAGUGACAGCGAGUGUGAGGAGUGCAGAGUUUGUCAACAACUAGCGGAAGAACCUCUAAUCGAUUUGGGAUGUGGAUGCCGAGGUGAGCUAGCGAAAGCACACAGAUCAUGCAUAGAAAUUUGGUUUCGUACUAGAGGUUCAAAUAAAUGCGAGAUAUGCCAGCAAGUGGCUGUAAAUGUUCCUUUGUUGGAUUCACAACCAACUACAAAAUAUUGGGUAUGGAGAGUCGACUCAGCAUAUGGAGGUUCUAAUAUUGGAAGACGAGGACGUGAAAGGGGAUGUCUUAGUCCUCUCUGGGUUGCAUUUGCUAUCCUGAUUGGGGGACUUCUACUUGAUGUGCUCGUAUCUGUUUCGCUUGGUGUUUCUGCACUUCCUGUGAACAUUAUAAUUGGUGUUCUUAUUGUGUUAGGAUUAGGGACUGCGGUUCGCCUGGCUUUGGAAUGUUGUCACGAGUGGGGCUCAAGGAGACAUGCUCGGGGGACAGAGACUGAUAUAACUCCUGGGUACAAUACUGCUGUGUAAUUUUGGGAUUAUAUAUAGAUAUUCCUUACAGUGGAAAACACUUUUUUUUUUUUUUUUUUGUAAUUUCAGCUGAUAGAAAAAUCUAUAGCACAAAUGUCUUGGUAGAUUACUUAUUGGGAAAAGUUCAAGAGCAUAUUAUUCUUGUACUAGUUAAACUUGUUAUUGAUCAACUUGUUUUCAUCUUUCAAUUAAGAUUGUGCCACUGGCUUUCUUAUUCUUUUAAUAAAAUAGUAGUUUCUUAAGGUAGAA